UAUGUGUUCAUAGCUAAAGAUCAAUGCUUUGGAUAAAAAAACUCAAGAGAAAAGAGACGAACCUUUGUUCCUUGAAAUAAUAGUGGAUGAUGUUAAUGAUAAUAAUCCAGAGUUUGAAGGCAGCCUUAAUUUCAAUGUGGAUGAGCAAACUACAAAUAUGGUAGUGGGGAAAGUGAAUGCUACAGACAAAGAUGAUCCCAAAACUGAUCACGUUAGGAUCAAAUUCACACUCAAAGAUGGGCUGGAACAUUUUGCCAUCAACCCAGAUACAGGUGUCAUCACCACGGUGUCCAAUAAACUGGACCGAGAGACAAAAGACAAGCAUAUGGUGACUGUAGAGAUCAGAGACUUGAAGGGGGCACCAAACGGUCUUUCUAACACAGCUACGGCAACGAUCACCUUGAACGACAUCAAUGACAACCCACCAACUUUCAGAGAAACAUCUUUUAAAGCCACCACUCCAGAAAAUAAGGAGGGGGAACAUCUUAUCCUUAGAAUUCCUGUGGACGAUAAAGAUUUGGAAGGCACAGAUAACUGGGUUUCCAAAUUUGUCAUCACAAAAGGAAAUGAAAAUGGAUAUUUCAGGAUUGAUACUGAUCCCAAGACAAAUGAAGGACUUCUCUAUGUUACAAAGCCCUUAGAUUACGAGAAGACCAAGAAUAUGGAGCUCAUGAUUUCGGCCCAGAAUAAAGCAGAGCUGAAAGGCACCACUGCCCAGUGGCUGUCUGUCCCAGUGAACGUUGCUGUCACUGACAUCGACGAAGGCCCUGAAUUCCUUGCUCCGACUGUUACCUUCACAGUUGAUGAAAACUUACCAAAUGGCACAAUAAUAGGAACAUACAAAGCUAUAGAUCCAGAGACCAAGAGCAGCGACGGAAUCACAUAUUACAAGAUGAAUGACCCAGGCUCAUGGGUUAGAGUGGACAGACUAUCAGGAGAGCUGACCGUUUCAAACACAAUCGACCGAGAAUCCCCUCUCGUCAAGGAUGGAAUGUAUAACUUAACUGUGCGGGCCGUUGAUGCCAGUUCCAAGACAGGAUUAGGACAAGUUAUUCUUUUAAUAAAGGAUAAAAAUGACAACACUCCAUCGUUUCCAAAGAAACUGCAGAUGUGUGAAGGAAAGGAUGACAUGAUGACCUCCGUGGUGUUUUUGGUUGAAGACCGUGACCUCAUUCCAUAUUCUGGCCCCUUCAGUUAUGAAAUCCCUGCUGAGCACAGUAGCAAAUGGCUUGUGAGAUCACAUAAUGCUACUGCCGGAAUGUUGCUGGCAAAGGAAAAACUUCCCAGAGGGCUUUACAAUGUCCCUAUAACUGUGAACGAUCAACAAGGACAUGGUGAAACACAGAUGACAGAAGUGAUGAUCUGCCAGUGCGUAAACAACAAAUGCAUAACCAAAGAUCGCUCUAUAGCCCUGGGACCGCUGGGUAUUCUGGCCUUGCUCUUACCCCUGCUCCUCCUCCUGUUGCUCGGUUUACUGCUGUUCUUUAUCUGCACUACAAAGACUGAGAAGCACCGAAUUGAGGACAACGCAUAUAGUAGUGGGAUCCUACUUCCAUCGAACACAGAGGCACCCGGCGAUGAAGUGGAUUCUAGUCUCAUACUUCUUCCUAAUUCUGGGAUUGAGCAGGCAGUGAAAGGUUCACUCAAGGGUUCUUUGCUGAAUGUCGGGUGGGUGGGAAACAGGAGCGCAAGCACAAUCGGAGGACACAGCCUGCACGAGAAUGGAUUUCAAAAGAGCACUGGUCUUAACACAUUGAAUAUGCAUACGAUUUCCUCCAGCCAGUUUGACCAGUAUGGUCAGCACGUUGGGAGUCAAGUUUUCAAUAGUGGCAUGGAUUAUGGUCUCUACGGCAUGGACAAAUCUCAACGUCAGGCUUGGCAGACAAACAGCCUUUAUUUGAAACAGAAACUGGCAUACAUGAAAGGCGCAGGGGAUGAACGCUAUGCGGAUGACCUCAUCCACGCCUACGGAUAUGAGGGGACGGGCUCUGUUGCCGGCUCCAUUGGAUGUUGCAGUGAUUUCGAUGGCAGAGAGAACUUAGAAUUUAUGAACACUCUCGGGCCAAAGUUUAAAACUCUUGCAUCUGUUUGCACAAAGAGAUGAACAAAGACGAAACAGUGGUGUUUACUUUUCAUUGUACAAUAUUUAGAUGCUUGGGAUGUGAAUGCUUGGAAUGGACCUGAAUGACGAUCCUGUUUGUGUUUUGUUUUUAUUGUUUCAUGCUAAUAUUUUUUAUUUUGUUUUUUAGUUGAAGUCUUUUGCACUGAAAACAAAGCAGAUGUAUUUUUUUUAUGUGUUCCUGUGUGCUAAUUUGCUUCUAUAGCCUUGGUUAUGUCCAGAUUAGGUUGUAUAUGAAGACAGCGGAAAGUGUAAAAUCUUUUUGUAAUUACUUUUGGUUUUUAGGUUUUUAUAAAUCUUAUCAUAAAAGAAGUUGUAUAUUUGCAGUUGUAUAGUGCACUUUUUACUAUUUCAGACUUCUUGUUUCCUUUACUUACAUUUCACAGUAUUUAAUACAUACAACAAGUUUCCACAUGCAUAACUCAUUUAGAUUUUUGGUUCCUUUCGUUUUACUUUAGGUUUUUUCCACUGCCUGUCCAAUUUUUGUAGUAAUUGUGUGGAGGCACAUUCCAGGAGCAUAUAAAUGUGUGUGACUGGGUGUAGCUCCUGCUGAGUUUCAGAGGGAUUAUUGCAACAUUCUGAGACAAUGAGCAUGUGAAAGUUAACAGAUUGGUGUAAAAAAGAAGGGGUGGGGUGUGACAACGCCUUCAACGGAAUGCGUGCCCUUACACAAUGCAAGGUCAGACAAUUCGCUCAUUAUUGAAGGGGAUCAAAUAUUUAUCGUUAGGUAAAGUGAUUUGUAAGUGCAUUUUUGUACUACUGUAUGUCACAUGAUGUAAGUUUUGCUGCUGUCAUUUUUUUUUAAUGAGCUGAAAAGUGUGAUAAAUUCUAGUAAAAUCUGAAGCUAGGUUAAUGGAUAUAGUUUAGUGGGGAAAACCAUAAAAAAACAUAACAAAAAACAAAAUAAUCAAUGUUCCAACUUGUAAUUCAUCUGACUUUACCAAAGUCUGUUACCAGGUUGAAGCAGGUGCUUUGUCAGCUUAUGUUUUGCUGCUCCGGUAAAUAAAUUACUGGGUGUGGCCUUCUGAACAGUACAGUGUUGCAAUAGCUCGGUCCUGUAAAGACAAGCUUACAGUUAGUUUGUUGUCAAGUAGGUUACAUGCCAGAGUUAGAACUUCCUUAGUUUUUUUUUUUUAUGCUACUCAGUUCCUCAAUAUAAAAAGCACAGCAUGAUAAUUGGCAGCAAUAAUAGCAACACGCUUCCUAAAAAAAUAAUUUAUAGUUUUUGUUGCUUGCAAGUUUAAAAAAAAAUCUUUUUACCAUAAAAUAUUCCCUUUUUAGAUGAAUAAAACCAUCUACUAGAAUAGUAAGGAAUGUCCAAAUGAACAUGUAUGCAUAGUAACAUGAAGUACAAAUUGCAAUAGAAAUACCUUCUUUGUAUUGAUUUUUUCUAAUAUUUCAUAAAGCUGUUAUUUGUAAAUUAACAAAGGUCAUUAUUGUUAAUGCCCACUGACUUUACUGGUCAACACUGCUUACCUGUUAAUAAAAAC